GACGACGCUAAUAUCGAAAUGUGUUAUGGGAAAAUCAUGUACGUCUGUGACAAGUAAAUUUGUUACAAGAUAAAUAUUUUUCAAAAAACCAACCGAAAAAUAUCAAUAUCCGGUGAGUUCGUAGCGAAUAUUCGUUUAAAAAGAAACCAUCUUAAAAGCACGACUUACGUGAAGCCAACAAGUUCAUUGAAUGUCCAAUUGUAGUACGAAAAAAAAGUUUGGUUAUGGUUAGCGUUAUGACUACCAAGUGAGAUUCUAUUUUUAAAUGCUUUAGAACCCAAAACAGGGGACGUUUAUUUAUUAAUUAAAAGAAUAAUGUGAAUGUUCGUCAUUAUUUCUUGUCAUCAACUUAUGGUGCUUUAAAAGUUUAAAGUGUUAAAAUGUGUGAUCAAACACCGCUCGAGUAUCAUGAAGGGACCGUCGUUUGGGUUAAAUUGGGAUCGUUUUGGUGGCCUGGAGAAGUUAUUUCAUUUGACAAUCUUCCUGUGGAUAUCAAAACAAGUUUUCAGAAACCCCCUUUGGUUUCUGUAAAAUUUUUUGAUGAAGAUAGUUUUCAGUACAUAAGAAAUUUGGAUUAUAUUUAUUUGUAUAAUUGCAAUAAGAAGUAUGAUUUUAUUAGAAAAGGACUAAAAGUUCACGCGGCGAAACCUUCAUAUUUGGAGAAGUUUCGUUCAGAUAUUUGUAAAGCAGAAACAAGAACAGGUGGUGAUCUUAAUAUUCUUGAUGAUCCGAAGUUAAGACCUAAAAAGAAACCUGAUAUUGAAGCUAUUUUUGGUACCCCAGCCAGCCAUAAAAAGUUGAAGGAGCCAUCGCGAGGGCGAGGAAGACCAAGUCUUAAUAAAUCUUCUCCAUCAUCGAACUCCUCUUCAAAGAAAAAUUCUUCUGUAAUCAUUACUCAUCCCCGUUUCACUGGAAAUGAUGACCAUGUUGUUCGCGAACUCAUUCAAUCACCCGCAAAACAACAAUACAAACCGGAAAUGGACUUUAAAUGUCAAUCUUGCGAUUUUCGGGCGUCUCGAAUGGAAGCAAUCGUUAUGCACCAUAAACUCCAUGUCAAAGGAAUGAUUAUAACCCCUCCAAAAAUCAAAAAGAAAUCCCCCACAAAGAAACCGCCAAAAUCCCAACGAAUUUCUUUUACAAAAACUUCAACUAUCGAUGAAGAUAUUGCUUUAUUAUCAAAAGGAGUUCCGAUUUUUUCUGAUUCAAGUAGCACUGAAGAAUCUGAUGAAGAUAUCGAAGAAGAACCAGCCCCAAAGAGAAAACGAAGAGGUCGGAAUCCAAGAAAAAAGAAGACUGUGGUUGUUGAUAAAUUAAAAGAGAAACCGAGAAAUAUUCAAGAAGAUAUCUUAGCUGAGUGGGAUGAUGAUGAUGAUGACGAGAAAACCGAUAAUAAUAAAACUGAUAAUGAUAAAACCGAUGAUGAUAAAACUGAUGAUGAUAAAACUGAUUAUACAAAUUUGAGUGUUAAGAAAAAUGAUAAAAAAGAAAUUGGGAGUGGAACUGAAACGGAAAUGGAAGAAAUGAACACAAAAGAAAUGGAGAAUAAAAAAAUGGAUGAGGAUAAAGUUGAUGUUACUAAAAUAGAUGAUAAAAUAGAUUCAAACAUUGAAGAUUCUUCAAAAGAAGCUGAAAGUGACUCAAAAGAUGCUGAUAAUAAAUCGAAAAGUGAUUCUUGUUUUGAUUUUAAUGAAGAAGAAGAAGAAUUUGGGAUGACAAUUGAAGGUAGAAAAAUUCCAAGAGUUCUACCCCCAGUUGAAAAACGAAAAUCACUCGAAUCUCCGAAAGAAAACGAUCUUCAAGCUUCUUUUGAUAAAGUUUUAGAGGAAUGCAACGUUCCGAUUUUACCUGAAAUCCCUCAAUUACGGAGCGGUAAAUUCAAGAAAUCUUCAUUAAGGUCGUCAUCGAUCGAUUCAAAAUCAUCUUCAGAUCAAGAUAUCGAAAAAAUGAUCGUCGCAACAAAAUUAACAAAUCCCAAAAAGAGAUUCGCGAAAAAUUUCGAAGACGAAACCAAAAACUCGAAAGAAAAGGAAUUAACCAUGAAAAAAGUCGACGAAAAAGAUAACGAUGAAACGAAACGAAAGGAUAAUUUAGAAGUAUCGAAAUUAAAAACCCAAUUGAUGCAAAAACUUUUAGACGGCCCACCUAUUAAAAUCAAAGAAGAUCGAAAACGAAGAUCGGCAUCUUCAACAUUUAGCAAUAACUCGGAAAGCGAUGAGGAGGAAUUUCGAGAGGUUGAAACGAAAAAAAGGGGGUACGGACGUAAGCGGAGAAAAUCAAUGAUUAAUAAACACGAAGAGGACUCAUCAACUUCUCUUGAUGACAAAGAAAUGAUUCAAAAUGAAGAAAAAAUCGAAUCGGAAUCGAAUGUUUCUGAAGAAAUUGAGGAAAAAGAUGAAGAAAAAGAUAAAGAAAAAAGUGAACAAGAUGAGAAGGAAAUUGAUGAAGGGGGAGGAUCUUUAUUAAUUGGUAAAGAGGUUGAAAGUGAUGAUUUAGUUAUUGAGGCUCCUGAGGAUGAAGGAAAUGUAAAGGAUGGGAGUUUAAGUGAUGUAAAAGAUGGGGGUUUAAAGGAUGAAAAAAUCAAUGAAAAUGAGUCAUUAAGUGAAUCAUUAAAUGAGAGAUUAAGUGAGCCAUUAAUUGAGUCGUUGGAUGAGUCAUUAAAUGAGGAAAUAAUUGAAGAAUCUUUAUUAGAAACUUCAAUAAUAGAAACUAAUAAAUCUGAAAAAGUAAUUUCUGAAACAUCUUCUUUACUGGAUGAGAAAGAGUCGACAAAUAGUUCUCAAAUAAAAAUAACUUGUUUGAAAUCGAGUCCAAUUGAGUUAAAAGAUCAAGAUAAAAUUGAAAAAACUAUAAUUCCUGAAAGCGAUUUGGUUGAUAUUGAAGGAAACUUUACUGUUGUUUCUGAGAAAGAUCUUGCUGAUAAACAAGUUGAAAUAACGGCAGCACCAGAAACACAAAAACCUGUCACAUUAACUAGUUUCUCGUUGGAUUUUUGUGAGGAGGAGGUUCAAUUACCUGAAAUAUCAUCAGAAGAUGAAAAAAAAUUAGAUGAAACGUCUGAGAUAAAUGAUUUUAAAAAGUUGGAAGAGAAGUUAGAUCAAAUUGAGAUUAAAAAAUCGGACGAAAAUGAUCAAGUCGAGGUUUGUAAAGAAGAGAAAAGCGAUGAAAUUGUUUUGGAGCCCCAAAACAUUAUUGAGGAAAAAGUUGAACCGGAAGAGGAGGCUUUAAAACCACCGAUUAUCGAAGAAAAAGAAAUUGAAAUAAACGUUGAAGCGAAACAACCAGAACAAGUAGAAAAAAUCGUUGAGAAGGAAUUUGAUGUUGAGCAAUUUUUAAAUGAGGAGAAAAAUGAUGAAAUCAAAAUCGAUCAAAUCGAAAUUGAUAAAGAAGUAACUCAAAAGGAAGCUAAAUCCAAUGAAAUAAGCAAAAAAGAAAGUCGUAACCCAACGAAACUUUUUGAUAUAUUAACAAGCGAAAAGAAAACUCCACAAAAAGAGGUUAAAGUUAAAGUUGAUAAGAACACGAAAAUCAUAACAAAAAAAGUGGAUAAACCGAAAUUAAUUCUUGAGAGAAGUGAAGAAACAGAGAAGGAAAUUCAUGUUAAAAAGGUAACAGCUAAAAGGAGUUAUCAAGAUAUCGAAGAUAUUGAUACAUUUAUUAUUAAAAAACCCGUUAAGAAAUUGGUAACUGAAGAAGUUGAGAUAAAGAAAUCAUCCCCAAAACCUCAAGUAACGGGGAAACCAAGAAUUUUACAACAAACAAUCAUCACAGCGAGCGGUGAUAUUAUCCAACCGGGUGUAACUCAAACCCAAGAAGAUCUCUAUGAUAUAAACUCAAUGCCGAUUGUUUUGGAUGACCAAAUUUUGCCUGCAGAAACUAUGGAAAUGCCUCAUAUUUUACCAGCGGAGAGUGUUAAACAAAUUAAUCCGAUUAAAAAGCCGGUAACAACUUCAGCAACGAGCUCAAUGAAAAUGAUUAAUAAAAUAAUUUCAUCAAAAGAGGCCCAAAAAUUAACUCCGAUAGCUUCGAAGGGAUUUUUGGGCAAUAAAAAGGUACAAAAAGUUUAUCAAACGAGUAGUACAAAAUUAUUAAAACCCGCGAUAAUUACCCAACAAGGUAAACCAGGGAAAUUUAUCAUUGUCCCUUCAACUUCUUCGCAACCAACCGGAACUAAAUACACGGUAGGGAAGCGACCGGCUAUAGUUAAAAAACCUCCACCUCCACAUCACCAAAAAAUUCAAAUUUCAAGUCCAAUGACUCAAACAACCUCAACCACGGGAAAUAAAAUAAUGAUAUUAACCGAUAGUCAAGGUCAACAACAAAAAGUUCUUUUAACGCCGGAACAACAAAAACAAUUAAUUGGCCCGAAAAAACGUAUCAUACAAAAACAGAUCUUAUCCAAAGAUACUCAAAUAAAAGGUGCUAACAUUAUCUCACAAACGAUUGUUACCUCAAAAGGCCAAGUAACGACUACCUUAGGUUCAAACCCGAUUACGAAAAACGUUAAAAUCGAGCCAAAAUUAAAACGCCCGAUCCAACAAAAAUUUUUAACCGAAACAACCCCAUUAAAACCCGGCCCAAGCGGCCAACAAAGAACGAUUAUCAUCAAAAACCCCCAAGGACAAACCGUUAAAAAGCUACAAGGAUCAAACGAUGCUUUGUUAGAUCAGCAAGUUGCCGAACAAUUACAAGCGAUUAAUCGGGCAACCGCUAAAAGCCAAUUAAAAGAAACUCAAACGAUUAAACCAUCACCGAAACCACACCCGAUCAAAAAAUCUUACGCGAAAAAAGAUCCCGUUAAAAUGCAACAAAAAAUGCAAAGCGUCCCACCUCUAGCUCCAAUUUCACCCGCGAAAAAGGUCGAAAAAACAACUCUCUCAAACGAUGAUAAAUCGGAAACAAAAAAACCUCAAUUCGUUAUCCGCGAUGGAAACGGGGCUUUAAUCAAUAUAAACGAAGGACAAAUUUUAGCUUUACCAAGUGAAGCCAUCGAUGGACAACCACAAUCGUAUGUUUUAGUUACAAUUGAUGAAUCUGGAAAUUUAACGCCGCUUAAUAGCGAAGCUUUAAUGUCAUUGGAUCCUAAUUUAAAUUUGGGCGGCGAUUUGAGUAAUACUUUGUUACAAAUUGGACAAGAUGAUGAGGAAAAAAUUAAUAAAGGAGGUAGUGAAAUUCAACAUCAAAAUGUGUUAACACAAAGUGUAUCGCAAGGUUUAUCUCAAAAUGUUUCGCAAAAUUUACCUCAAACUGUAACACAAAGUUUGUCUCAAAAUGUAUCAUCAACUAUCCAACAAAAUUUGCAAGAAAAUAUUAAUCAAAGUUUACAAGAAAAUAUACAUCAAGAUAUAUCUGAUGAUUUAUCCCAAAUUGAACAAUCCCAAAACGUUCAAGCCGUUGUAAAUGCGGGAGAUAUGGGUCAAUUAAUAAUAACCGGUGAUCCAGUGAGUGCUCAAAAGUUUUUAGAUUCUUUAGCUGAGGGAAAUACAGAUUUAGCUAAUUUAUUGGCGAAUACUGAUGGAGGAAAUGUUUUAAUUCAAACUGAUGGUCAACAAAUUUUAAUAAACACAGACGCCGAUAAUUCAAUGCUUUUAAUGAAUCAAGAAACUGAAAAUAUUGAAGGAAGUGGAAAUCCCGUUUUUUCCGGAUCAAGUAAAAAUCAAGAUAUUUUAGCGGCAGCUUUAGCCGAUACGGAUGUAUUUCAACAAGAACCUCCAUCAAAACCAUCUCAACUUAGCCCAAAUUCCGGUUUAUUUCCAAUUAACGUUGGGAAUGUUUUAGAAACAAACACAAUGAGUUCACCGAUUAUGACGCCUUUGGAAGUUCCGAGUACGAAUAGUAAAAAAAUCGGCGAUGAAAGCGAUAUUUUAGAUCAAGGCACGAAAAAUGUCGUUCUACCAAUUACAAUAACAGACCCGAGCAUUUCUCAAACUGCGUCGCAACAUCAACAUCACCAAGUACUCGAAAAUUUAGAUUUGCCACUUGCGAUACAAGAUCCGGGAAUUUUAGUCACCUCUUCCGGUAUGAAUAGUCCGUCUUUCGUUUAUUCACUUCCUACUUUAGACGAUUCUGAUAUAAAUCAAAAAAGUUUUUCAAGUUCAAUAUCGAUGCCAUUAUUAACCGAGGAAGAAGACGCAAAAACUGAAACUUUAAAUAUUUCAGAAUCAACAUCGAUAUCGACGCAAGAACAAGAAAUCGAAAAAAUGUUAACUUCAUCCGAAGAAAUUAAAAGUACAAAUCAAGAUGAUGAACAAAUCGAAAAUCCGAAUAAAAAUAUCUCUACUAAGGAAUCAUCGUCAUCAUCAUCACCAUGCGAAAAGACUGAAGCUUACACUUUAAGACCCGAAAUGUGUAGUUCAUUGAGUGAACCGCCACCGGAUAUGUUUGAAUUUGCAAUGGAAGAAAGAAAUCCCACCGAUUUAGAUUCAACGUCGAAUUCGGUUAUUUCAAAUUCGGAUAAUACGGAUCCGGAUAGAACGACAGUUUGCAGUGAUCUCAGUAUAGAAGAGAGUGGUGGAGGGAAAGCUUCACCAUUGAGCAGCAGUGGCGCUUCAUCUGAAAUUCCUGUACAACCCAGAUUAAUUGUUAAUUUGACAGCUGACAAAAGUUUCGAAGAAAACGGGAGGGGGGGAGAAGAAAGUUUCGAAAACGACGAGAUAUAAUUUUGCAUUAAAAUGAUGAAAUUCAUCAUUUUGGGUUGUAAAUAUAUUUUGUACAGGAGUUUUUUAGAUAAGCUUUUCGCAAUACAAUUCAUUAAUUUUUUGAAAACAACUAUUCUCUUAAGAAAAUACAAUUAAAAUAAAAACGUAUUUCAAUAUC